UACCUAAUUUUGUCAUGACGGAGGAAUUAAAUUUUUUACUCACUCAUAUGAUAAAUCACCCUUGGAAAGGUUACACGCACACAACUCCAGCACCUUUGGAAUCAAUUUGCUACAUAAAUUACAUUUCCAACCUUCUCAUUGAGCCACACAUACAUUCCCCACUUAGCCAGACCGACUUACAAAUGGAACCGUGCAGAGAGCAGGAAAUUUCCAAGAAAAUGAAUACCCAAACCGGUCAAGAAUUCAAUUUCAACCCCACCGUCAAUCCUGGCCCUUCAUAUUUUGGAAACUUCCCUUCCACCAGUCGCGCUAAUUCUUCAGAAAUUUCGAAAUUUCCCCAAAAUCUUUCCACCCCCGAGAUAACCCCAAAUACACCCGUGAAAAAGGAGCUUCGUUCCAUUUUAAAAACCCCCCUUCGCAGUGCAGAAUACCAGCCAAAUGAAAAAUAUACGAGAAAAAUUCGCGUAAAAGUUGGAACAAAGAGGAAUCACGAGGAGUCCAGGAUGGAAACGGAUUCUGAGGCCGAACAAGAAAAACCCAGAAAACGGGUCACAUUUUGGCCAGUAAUAAAUUUAUACGCUUCUUGGGCUCAAAAACGUCGAAACAAGGAAAACGCUAAAAUGGAAGAAAUUAACGAAUUGUUCGGACAGAUGUUGAAAGACGGGGAAUAAUAAAAAGCAAAAUGGUGUCGAAUCACGGAGGGCAUAUAUUACGGUAAUAAAGAGCGUUACCGUAUCUGUAGGAAUGAAGUGCACCGUUGUGGUAAUGAAAAUUUACCACUUGGAAAUAUCUUAAAUCGGGGAGGAAGUUAUUCCCAAAUUUAUACCACGUGACUUCACCACAUUUUUAAAAGUGUAUUUAUUACCUUACUUAUGUCACCUUACUUUACACGUAGUUAUUGCGAAGUUAUGUACAUGUUGAUACCUAAAAAAUGCAUAACUAUAAAUAAGAAAUAAUGGUGCUUACAUAUUUAAUCUACUUAAUUUACUAGUUAUGUAAUUACUUACUAAUUAAUGAAUUUUUAAUGUAUAAUAAAUACAAAAAAAUUCAGAAGGAA